CAUACAGGUAGCACUGUUCUUGCAGUCCUUAUCUUAUUCGAGCAGUGUGCUGGUAAACAAAGCCCUAGUGUGCUGUUUCUGAGAAUCAGUCUGCGUGUUGCAGUCAAAGCUUUCCCUUGAAUAAGGUGACACUAUUGUUGAGUUAGCACGAUUGAAACCACAUCUUGCGCUUCAGGAGAGACAAAGGAUUUGGGGAAGGAGAAUGCCUUUCAGCUCUGUUCAAUGAAAUACAGCAAUGGAAAGCAUUAGCUUAAGAACAGUGCCAGAAUGAUUCACGUGUUCUAAGCAUCAGCCACUGUGAACAGUCUUAUCUGGUAUGGAGCUCAUUGCUGGAAGUCUGGUUUGGAAAUGCUUGUCGCUGGUAUGAUAGUACCUUUAUAACAACAUGCCAUUGAAAUGGAAAACCAGUAACCCUACUAACUGGAAAUUCCCAGUUUCUGUGCUUAAACCGUCUAGGACAGCAACACUGACUCCAGCGUACAUAUCAUUGGUUGAAGAGGACGAUCCUCAUCUGAAAGUAUCCUUGGCAAGUGGCGACAUGGGUGUUGCGACCCACUUACAGUCUUCAAAGACCGGCAACACUCGCUUCUUCACGAGCAACACCCACAGUUCUGCAGUGUUACAGGGGUUUGACCAACUCCGAAUUGAAGGCUUACUUUGUGAUGUCACCCUUGUGCCAGGGGAUGGUGAUGAAAUAUUUCCAGUCCAUAGAGCCAUGAUGGCCUCAGCUAGUGACUAUUUUAAGGCUAUGUUCACAGGUGGAAUGAAAGAGCAAGACCUAAUGUGCAUUAAACUUCAUGGAGUGAAUCGAAUAGGAUUGAAGAAGAUCAUUGAUUUUAUUUAUACUGCAAAGCUUUCCCUGAACAUGGACAACCUGCAGGAUACUUUGGAAGCAGCCAGUUUUCUGCAGAUUUUACCUGUUCUGGACUUCUGUAAAGUAUUUCUUAUCUCUGGGGUUUCCCUUGAAAAUUGUGUCGAGGUUGGACGAAUUGCAAAUACUUACAACUUGACAGAAGUAGAUAAAUAUGUGAAUAACUUCAUUCUGAAGAACUUCACUGCAUUGCUAAGUACUGGUGAAUUUGUGAAACUCCCGUUUGAGCGACUUGCCUUUGUGCUUUCAAGCAACAGCCUCAAAAACUGCACUGAACUUGAACUUUUCAAGUCUGCCUGUCGUUGGUUGCGAUAUGAGGAUUCACGGAUGGAUUUUGCCUCAAAGAUAAUGAAGAACAUUAGAUUUCCUCUGAUGUCACCGCAGGAAUUAAUUAAUCAUGUUCAAACGGUGGACUUCAUGAGAACGGACAAUGUUUGUGUCAAUCUGCUACUAGAAGCCAGUAACUAUCAGAUGAUGCCCUACAUGCAGCCUGUUAUGCAGUCUGAAAGAACCUGUAUCCGUUCAGAUAACACACACUUAGUAACCUUGGGUGGAGUGCUAAGGCAACAGCUAGUUGUUAGCAAAGAGUUAAGAUUAUAUGACGAAAAGGCCCAUGAAUGGAAAUCGCUAGCUCCAAUGGAUGCACCAAGGUACCAGCAUGGCAUUGCAGUGAUUGGAAACUUCCUUUACGUUGUAGGUGGGCAGAGCAAUUAUGACACGAAAGGAAAGACUGCCGUUGACACCGUGUUCAGAUACGAUCCUCGGUACAACAAAUGGAUGCAAGUAGCAUCUUUAAAUGAAAAGCGUACUUUCUUCCACCUAAGUGCCCUGAAAGGCCAUCUUUAUGCAGUUGGUGGUAGAAAUGCAGCUGGAGAAUUAGGUAGGUGUUUUUUUUCUUUAAUGUUAAUUCUAAUCAGAUUCUUGUACCUAAAUAAGUAGGAAAAUGUGUGAUUA